UUAUUCUGUUUGUUGUUUAGUGCAUGUAGCGAAAUUUUGCUGCUGCUUCAAUUAAAGCUUGGUAGUUGUAACUUCUGUGUAUAUCAUGGCAGUGUAUUAGGUUUAUACAGUAAGUCCCGGUGCAUCUGUUGCUAGUUUCAUUUUAAAAGCAAGCAUGAAGGUUAUUAUGACUGGGAUGUCGAAGACCGGGACGAAAACCAUGUGUUCUGCCUUGCGGAUUUUAGGCUACAAAGUCUACGAUUUCGAAGAGCAGUUUUGGUAUCUCGGUCCAGAGUUCCUAAAAGCGGUAAACGAAGGUUGUACGACCGAGGAAAUUCGUGAAAUGCUGCAAGACGUGGACGCUGUCACUGACAUGCCCGCUUGCAUUUUGUGGGAAGAAAUACUGAGAGCUUUUCCAGAUGCUAAGCUGAUACACAUGGAGAGAAAAUCUGAAGACGACUGGGCAAAAAGUUGGAAUAAGCAAAUUGACGCAAUACGAAGCAAUUUUACAGCACGUUGUAUUGUACCACUUACACCAACUGGGCGAUACCUUCGUAAUUACACCAAUGCUCUAGGACGUGCUGGGUUCAGUUUGCAAACUUUCUACCCAUGGAAGCAACCAAGUGUAAAUCUACCUUUCUGUAAACUGCGAUACAGAGAACAUAACUCACACGUUAGACUGGCGGCACCAAAAGGUCAGAUCAUCUACUUCAAACACAGCGAUGGAUGGGAACCUCUUUGUAAAUUCCUGGGUGUUCCCGUACCCUCUGCAUCUUACCCUCAUAGAAACAAAGGCGGUGAAAUUGUGGGCGAGAUCGUAGGAGAGUCGGUCAUCUUUAAUCAUAUACGAAAAGAACUGAUACGGUUGUUUACGUUUGCAAUGCUCUUCAUCGGAGUGACUUUGUUUUAUUUCCUGUAUUAGGGUAAUUCAACCACGUGUUAUGGUUACUUUCUUAAUUAUCAGGUAUUUUUAAUAUACAAGCACGCUUUUUAAAUGUAUUUUGAGAUAAAAAUAUGUAUAUAGU